GCGGCUGGCACUCAGCCUCCAGAGCACCGGCACUGCCACUGGCCUUGGCACGCACCAUGGCAAAUGAAGUGCAAGUCCAGCUCUCCCCACUGAAAGGGGGGCAUCCUCCUGCAGUAAAAGCUGGAGGAAAGCGAAUUUCCAAAAAACAGGAAAUUGGCAUCUUGGAGAGACACACCAAGAAAACAGGGCUAGAAAAAACAAGUGCCAUUGCAAAUGUUGCCAAAAUACAGACGAUGGAUGCCCUGAAUGACACGCUGGAGAAGCUCAGCCAUAAAUUUCCAGCAGUAGUGCACAUGGCACAUCAAAAACCCAGACCUGCUCUGGAGAAGGUCACUCCACUGAAAAGGAUCUACAUUAUUCAGCAGCCUCGAAAAUGUUAAGCUGGGACGUAAAACACAGCCGUCUAGCCAACUGCCUCGAAUGUCUGAGAGCUUAGCAAAAAGGACCACACUUUUCAUAGGCCUAGUGUACUUGCUUGAUAAAUAAAACAGCUUUUAUAUCUUCUUUUGUGACUUCAGAUAAUAAAACAUUCAAAAUUGCAAA